GUCUCUGCCUAAAUGGGUCCAGUGAUGCCUCCCAGUAAGAAGCCCGAGGGCUCGGGAAUUAGCGUUCCCAGCGGACUGAGCCAGCGCUACCAAGACAGCGAUUUAUCGAAGGCGCUUCCCGACGAUGAGGACCUGGACUUCUCUUUGCCUGCCAUCCGAUUAGAAAAAGGGGCCAUGGAAGAUGAAGAACUGACUAAUUUGAACUGGCUGCACGAAAGCAAGAACUUGCUGAAAAGCUUUGGGGACUCGGUGCUGCGGAGCGUCAGCCCCGUGCAGGACGUGGGCGACGACACGCCGCCGUCCCCCGCGCACUCGGACGUGCCCUACGACGCCAAGCAGAACCCCAACUGCAAACCUCCUUACUCCUUUAGCUGCCUCAUAUUUAUGGCCAUCGAGGACUCGCCAACCAAAAGACUGCCCGUAAAGGAUAUAUACAACUGGAUCUUGGAACACUUUCCGUAUUUUGCAAAUGCACCCACUGGAUGGAAAAAUUCUGUGAGACAUAAUCUAUCCUUGAAUAAGUGUUUUAAGAAAGUGGACAAAGACCGAAGCCAGAGUAUUGGAAAGGGGUCCUUGUGGUGUAUAGACCCAGAAUAUAGACAAAAUCUUAUUCAGGCUUUGAAAAAGACACCCUAUCACCCAUACUCGCAUGUGUUCAAUACACCUCCCACAUCUCCUCAGGCAUAUCAAAG